GCUGAACUUUCUAUUAAUCAUAGAAUCCUAAGAAAAUGUUUUAUUGUUUCUACAAAAAUAUUAAGCAACACGCCUGUUUAUGUUACGUACAUGGACUUUCAGUUCCCUGAUUUGGUCAUCUUCCUUUCCUUGUUUGGUUAAUUGAUUAAUCCCCACCUGUCUCCAUUCACCUGAUUUCUCCCUCGUGUUUAAAUACCCUGUCUUUUGAGUUCCUCUUUGCCCUUAUUCUCCUAUGAUUAUUAAAAGUACAAUAAACACUUCUGCGGCUGAGAGUGAGCUGCAUUCGGUUUCUGGGAAUUAUAUAGAGGAAUUAAUGGACCUUUAUAGACUGGUUUGUGGAGCCCUGAUCCUCCUGCCUUGGGACUCCACUCCUAUGGCUUCUCCUCGUCAUUCCAUCCCUCCGGGUCUGUCAGGCUCCUCCUUCCCUCCGUCCUCAGUCACUCCGACUCCGCAGCGGGCUUCCAGAGCCCUGCCUCGGUCGCCGGUGCCUUCAGCACUGCCUUGGACCUCUGGACCCCCGGUAUCACCCUGGCUCUGCGGCUGCUCUGCUCCAUCAUGGGCUCCUCACCCACCAGAGCAGUCUCCAUCUGUCGGCCCCCUGGUUUUGUUGGCUCUUCCUCCACCAUGGCUCCUCCCGCUGUCGACUCCACCGUGGGUCAUCAUCCUGGCUGGUCUCUGGAGCACCAUCUGGCUCCUCCCUGGCUCCAUCCUCCAUCCACUCCGCCCUGAUACCAAGCUCCUUGCUCCCUCUUUGCCUGCCCCUUGCCUCCCCCACACCCGCCUCCAGAAACCCACCCUCCCUCCGCUGGUAUUCCUCUUGCGGUGCGAGGACUUACCAUUCUGGGAGGGAGUGAACUGUUAGGUACAUGGACUUUCAAGGAAUAAAUUAGAUUUUAAAAUGCAUUAAAACGGCUAUUUUAAAUUGGAAUAAUAUUUCACACUUU